ACACUGCUGGGGGAGAUGUUCGCGUGCUCAAUUCCAUCGGGAGCUCCUUUGAAUAUAUCCUACGUCACUGCGAUCGCCUCUCUUCCUUCCUUCCGCUCACUCACUUCUAGUCGACGGUUGAUCAACUACAAACGUUUCCCCAAAGCGGUUUGACAAUGAGUCGGCUUUGUAGGUGUGCGGCGUCCCUCAAGGGGUAUUUGCCAGUUAUAGGGGGGUUCACAAUCAUGACGGUGUUCUUCACCUUACUCCUUACGCUAUUCGCGCAACGCCCGGAGAAGUUGCUUCGUAUCCUUCCCGGAUCCGUAGCCGACCACUUCAACAGGACCGACAAAGCAGCAGAUACACGUCCCUUUGAGGAGUUCGAGUGUCUCGGCGAUGAGAUAACGUCGAACGGCUACAGGCGUGGGUUCCGCUUCCAUGUUUAUGACGUACCAAUGGAACUCUAUCAACCUGUCUUGGACCGCAACCCGCCGUACUUGGAUCCAAAUGAUGGUGAAUCCCAUCAUUCGGCAGAGGUGUACAUCUGGAAGUAUCUGAAACUGCAUCCUUGCCACACGAGUAAGAGAAGCGAGGCAGAUGCUUUUGUGGUCCCAGUAUUGGGCAUAGGGUCUAAUAUGUGGGGCCCUUCCGAUCACAGCGACAAGGUAUUCAAAUGGGUAGCACAGCAACCGGAGGCAGAGAUUUUCAAAGGGCACGAUCAUUACGCGUUGGGGGAGGGCGCUUUGGCAAAUCUGCGCAGCCUCAUGCCCAACAUAAACUACAUUACGCCCGAAAUCUGGAGUCUUCCUGUGGGCUUGACGGGAACAGACGAGAGACUGUUGGAUGGAGAAGUAUUUCGACGAGAACGAAACAGCAUUAUUAUAUCAUACCCGGAUCCACGAUUCGCCAAUAUGGGGGAAGCAGAAGUAAAAGAGCACAUUUCCAACCAUGAUAAACUCGCUGUGUGGAUCGGGACAAUUCCUGCGAAUGCAGCAGCCAUACGGCAAGCUGUUCUAGAUCAAAUGGCUGAUAGGAACGCGAGGCACAAUGACACGCUGGCAGUGCUCAUGACCGAACGCAGAAAAAUUUCCGAUGUACCAGCGGUCAACGAUCGUGGCGUUUUCGGACCGAGCACCGCCGGAGACAUCAGGACAGCACGCCGAUCGUUCUCAUUAUUGAUGGGGGGGACAAUUCCGGUGAUGAUCUGUGACCUGUGCAUCCUCCCAUACGAGGAUUUCGUGGACUGGGAGUCGGUAGCGAUUUUCAUCCCUGAAUCCAAGAUCUUCGAACCCGGCUAUAACUUUGUGGACGAGCUGGCUAAGAUCCCACAGUCAAGAAUAAAAGAGAUGCAAGAAGCUAUGUUGCGAGUGCGCAGGCACUUCAUCUGGCACGAUGGGCCGUCACAACCAGGAGAUGCUAUGGACAUGAUGGUGCGACAACUUGCUCGAGACGCAGUCGCCUUGCGUCGCUUCAAACGCUUUGCGGUAGACGCGUUUGCAAGGCGACAGCACAAACCCGCACCUAUGUAGUGUGACUGCAUGUGAUGUAGUUUAUCGUGAACCGGAGAAGUAGCUACUUAAGACUUGGCCGUUAAACUCUCUUGCAUUGUUUGUCUUCCCUGUAUGCUACGCUUUGGUGCUCUGUUCGCUAUUUUUCUCCCUCCGUGCUCUUAGCGGUCGAAUUCCUUCACUCCUUACGCGGGGAAUCAUGGAGACUGCUGAGUGCAGACCUAAAAGGUUAAGCCCGGCUUCCCUUCGUGUCCACUCCCACUCAUCGAAUAAAUGCGCCCAUGUUAGUCAGGAGUGUAUUGGCAUCGAAGACCACACGUUCCCGUGUGGCAAAGCCAUGUUUGAGAGAUCUGAGCUGUG